GUUUGUCCUGAACGAACCUCCCACUCGCCCAGCUCCCUCGUCCCCUCAGGGUAGCUCUGGGGCAGCGGCGGCCGGACAGGGCCUCCCCCAGCCUCCUCCAGGGAUGAGCGUCUACGCUGCCAAGAGGGUCAUCGGAGAGGCCCAGUGGAGCCCAGAGCAGCUGGAACAGUGUAAGCUCGGCAUAGUGAAGUUCAUCGAGGCAGAGCAGGUACCAGAGGUGGAGACGGUCAUACACCUGGUGGUUGCCUCUAGCGACACAAGACACGGCGUUGCCACGGCCGCAGACCUGGAGCUCAAGAGCAAGCAGAGUAUUAUCGACUGGAACAACCCCCUGAUCGUCAACAAGAUGUACAAGGUCUACCUGGGAGACAUCCCCUCAAAACUAAGAUGUCCUGACACCAACAAGCCACUGGGUCUGAUGCUGCUGAAUGGCCUCACCAAGCUCAUCAAUGAGUACAAAGAGCGGAUGCCCCAACUCUUCACCAAAGACAUUGCUCUGGUCCAGCAGUUCUUUGAGGCCAUGUGCAAGGAGGAGCCUGACGUCCGUCUAGCCAUCCAGGAGGCUCUGUCUAUGAUGGUGGGAGCCUACGCUAACCUACAGGGGGCGCUGCUGAACCUGAUGGAAGCUCUGGUGGCAGCUUACAUGGGCAAGCCUGAGGUGCAGGUGCGUCAGGUGGCAAUGAAGUACGCCAGCACGGUAUUCGCUCCUGAUCACGUGCCCUCCAGAUACUUGCUCCUAUUGGCUGCCGGGGACCCGAGAGAAGAGGUGUGCAGCGAGGCCCAGCGUGUCCUGAGGGCUCUGCCUGCUAAGAACUCAGAGAAAGAGGGCCGUAAACCCAUGCCCUCCUUCCCUGACAUGGUGGCCUAUAUCCAGGAGAAGGCUGCUCAGAGGAUGAAGACACCAGCUAAGUACAUCGUGGGGACGAACACUCUACCCUUCAACCCUUCUGCGUUUGGCGAGAUCGUGCUGUACCUGCGGAUGUGUCUGGCCCACAGUGCCGGGGCCACGCCCGUCUCUAAGAGCCUGGCGGACAUGCAGGAUGACGCGCCUGCCAUCGGACGCUACAUACACACCCUGCUCUCCAACCAACCCCUGACCUCCUCGUCCUCCACUGGAACCAAGGGAGCAGAGGUCAACCCUGUACAGGUCUACAUGGAGCUACUGCAGCAGCUGCUGUCUGCUGUAGGAGGAGUCCCUGUGAUGUACUGUCUUCUGGAGGUAGUGUCUGUCUGUCCUCACAACCUGGCCCCCAAGUUUAUCCACAAGAUCGACUGGAUCAAGAGUCUUAUGAACACCAACAAGGAGGACCUAAGGGAGCUAGCAGCUCAGCUUUAUGCUGUGGUGGUGUCCACCAUGUCAGGAAACGAGCUGAAGACUGCCGUUCAGACGCUCAUCAAGAUCACUAAAGAUACACACAGCCCUGAGACCCAGCACGGAGCCAUCAUGGCGCUGGGCUACAUGGUGGCCAGGUACAUGAGCAAGAGGAAGUCCUUCGCUAACGGAGACUCUGCCCUCAACCGGGAACAGAGGAUGAACGACACGCCCAAGGAGGAUGAGGAGCUGGUCGCUAUAGCAACCAAAGCCAUCGGCUCUUUCCUAGACAGUGGUUCCCCCCUGCUGGCGGUCGCUGCCUGUACGGCCCUGGGGGAGAUUGGGAGGAACGGGACUCUGCUCAUCCCUUCAGAAGGAGAGGGAUUCACCAAACUAGCCAUGGUGGAGAACAUGCUGGCUCGCAUCCCCUCUGGGAAAGAGACCCUCAAGAUGAAGGAGAGAGCCAUCCAGACUCUGGGUUAUCUACCAGUGGGGGACGGGGACUUUACCCACCAGAAGAAGCUGCUGCAGGGGCUCAUGGACUCUGUGGAGGCUAAACAGGUAGAACUACAGUUUACAGUAGGUGAGGCCAUCACCAGUGCUGCUAUAGGGACCAGUUCUGGAGCUGCCAGGGACCCAUGGACCUGUACUGAGGAACAAUACAGUCCCCCAGACAAUGUGAAGAGUAAUGAUGUGGUUCCGUGGGUGCUAAACUCCAUCCUGGCUAAGUACAUCCCAAGUCAAAACCCCCACGUCAGACAGGCUGCCUGUAUAUGGCUGCUCUCUCUGGUGAAGAAGCUGCACCAGCACAAAGAGAUCAGGUCUCACCUGAAGGAGAUCCAGACUGCUUUCAUCUCCAUCCUGUCAGACCCUGAUGAGUUGAGUCAGGACGUGGCGUCUAAAGGUCUCGGUCUAGUCUAUGAGAUGGGAGGAGAGGGAGACCAGCAAGAACUGGUGUCUACACUGGUCGAAACACUGAUGACUGGCAAGAGGGUGAAGCAUGCCGUUUCGGAGGACACGGAGGUGUUCCAGGAGGAAGCCCUGGGUAAAGCCCCCGACGGGCACGGACUCUCCACCUACAAGGAGCUGUGCUCAUUGGCCAGUGACCUCAACCAACCGGAUCUGGUCUACAAGUUCAUGAACCUAGCCAAUCACCACGCCAUGUGGAAUUCCCGCAAGGGAGCAGCGUUUGGGUUCAACAUCAUAGCAGCGAAGGCAGGAGAGCAGCUCGCCCCCUACCUACCUCAGCUGGUACCACGUCUGUACAGAUACCAGUUUGACCCCAACCUGGGCAUCAGGACGGCCAUGACCUCCAUCUGGGACGCUCUGGUCACUGACAAGAACAUGGUUGAUAAGUAUCUGAAGGAGAUCCUCCAGGAUGUGAUAUCUAACCUGACCAAUAGCAUCUGGAGGGCCCGGGAGUCCGCCUGCCUGGCUCUCAACGACCUCAUCCGAGGCCGCAACGCCGACCAUCUCAUUGAUCACCUGGCAGAGAUCUGGGAGACCCUGUUCAGGGUGCUGGACGACAUCAAGGAGUCUGUCAGGAAGGCUGCUGAUAUAACCCUCAAAACACUGAGUAAGGUGUGUACUAGGAUGUGUGAGUCGUCAGGUUUAGCAGCCCAGAGGACUGUAGCUGUUCUGUUACCAACCCUCCUGGAUAAAGGUAUCGUCAGCAACGUGCCUGAGGUCCGCUCUCUCAGUAUCCAGACCCUGGUGAAGGUGUCUAAGACAGCUGGUAACAGGUUGAAGCCCCACGCCCCUCGUCUGAUCCCUGCCCUCCUGGAGGCCCUCAGUGUCCUGGAGCCACAGGUCCUCAACUACCUCAGCCUCCGAGCCACAGAGCAGGAGAAGAGUGCCAUGGAUGCUGCCAGACUCAGUGCUGCCAAGUCCUCCCCCAUGAUGGAGACCAUCAACAUGUGUCUGCAGCACCUGGACGUGUCUGUCCUGGGGGAGCUGGUCCCCAGACUCUGUGACCUCCUGAAGAGUGGAGUGGGUCUGGGCACCAAGACGGGUGGUUGUGCCAGUGUGAUCGUGUCCCUCACCGUCCAGUGUCCCCAGGACCUCACCCCCUACUCAG